CCUUCAGCGGCUGCUCAGCGAUGGCCUUUGGAGCUGUGCUCUUCCUGGGGGUUCUGGCUGCUUGUCACGGAUUCAACCUGGAUGUGGAGGAGCCCAGGGUCUUCCAGGAGGACGGAGCUGGCUUCGGGCAGAGCGUGGCCCAGUUUGGCAGAUCUAGACUCGUGGUGGGAGCCCCCCUGGAGGUGGUGGGAGCCAACCAGACCGGACGGCUGUACGACUGCGACGCUGCCUCCGGCCUGUGUCAGCCCCUUUCACUGCACAUCCCCCUAGAGGCUGUGAACAUGUCCCUCGGCCUGUCCCUCGCGGCCUCCGUCCACCGCCCCUGGCUAUUGGCCUGCGGCCCCACCAUGCACAGAGCCUGUGGGGAGAACAUGCACGUGGAAGGGUCCUGCCUCCUGUUGGACUCCCAGCUGCAGGUUGUCCGGAGAGUCCCCGAUGCCCAGCCAGAGUGUCCGCACCGAGAGAUGGACAUUGUCUUCCUCAUCGAUGGCUCGGGCAGCAUUGGCCAAAUUGACUUUAAGCAGAUGAAGAACUUUGUCAGAGCCGUGAUGGGCCAGUUUAAGGGCACCAGCACCCUGUUCUCGCUGAUGCAGUACUCCAACAUCAUGGAGACCCACUUCACCUUCACCCAGUUCCAGGCCAGCCCGGGCCCUCAGAGCCUGCUGGAGCCCAUCGUCCAGCUGAAAGGACUGACCUUCACAGCCUCGGCCAUCCAGAUGGUGGUGAAGGACCUAUUUCACAGUAGGAACGGGGCCCGCCAAAGUGCCAAGAAGAUCCUCAUUGUUAUCACGGACGGACAGAAGUACAAAGACCCCCUCGAGUACAGGGACGUCAUCCCCCAGGCCGAGAGAGCCGGCAUCGUCCGCUAUGCCAUUGGGGUGGGAGGCGCUUUCCAGGAACGGGCCGCCAGGCAGGAGCUGGACACCAUCGGCUCCGCGCCCGCGCAGGAACACGUGUUCAAGGUGAACAACUUUGCGGCGCUCGGCAGCAUCCAGAAGCAGCUGCAGGAGAAGAUCUUUGCGGUGGAGGGAACCCAGUCGAGGACAAGUAGCGCUUUCCAGUAUGAGAUGUCACAAGAAGGCUUCAGUUCCGCACUCACAAAGGACGGACCAGUUCUGGGCGCUGUGGGGAGCUUCAGCUGGUCUGGAGGUGCCUUCCUGUACCCCCCAAAUAAGAAACCUCCCACCUUCAUCAACAUGUCUCAGGAGAAUGUGGACAUGGCGGACUCCUACCUGGGUGAGAAGAGGCUCUGGCUGUGCGGACAGGCGGGAGAUGAGCUGCCUGGGGGACAGGGGACGGGGGAGAGGCGGGACCUGGCCCAGAGGGUGCCCUGCGCCAGGGCAGACAGGGUGACGUGAGGCUCUGCCCUCCAGAUUGGCUCCUACUUCGGGGCCUCCCUCUGCUCCGUGGACGUGGACAGAGAUGGCAACUCCGACCUGGUCCUCAUCGGGGCUCCCCAUUACUACGAGCCGACCCGGGGGGGCCAGGUGUCCGUGUGCCCCUUUCCCCGGGGGGCCAGGUGGCAGUGCCGGGCCAUUCUCCGUGGGGAGCAGGGCCACCCCUGGGGCCGCUUUGGGGCAGCCCUGACCGCCAUGGGGGACGUGAAUGGGGACAAGCUGACGGACGUGGCCAUCGGGGCCCCGGGGGAAGAGGAGAACCAGGGUGCUGCAGUGUACCUCCACGGAGCCUCGGGGCCGGGCAUCAGCCCCUCCCACAGCCAGCGCAUCGCAGGCUCCCAGCUCUCCCCCCGGCUCCAGAGUUUUGGGCAGUCACUGAGCGGAGGUCAGGACCUCACCCAGGAUGGACUGGCAGACCUGGCUGUGGGGUCCCGAGGUCACGUGCUGCUGCUCAGGAGCCGGCCAGUGCUGAGCGUGGGGGUGGCCCUCAGAUUUGCCCCCUCCGAGGUGGGGCAGGCUGAGUACCAGUGCCCGGAAGAGGCGCCCUCCCCCCUGGAAGCUGCGAGCGCCACAAUCUGUCUCACUAUCCACAAAAGCUCACCUGACCAGCUAGGGGACGUCCGCAGCUCCGUCAGGUAUGACCUGGCCUUGGACCCAGGCCGCCUGAUUUCUCGCGCCAUUUUUGAAGAGACCAAGAACUGGACUUUGGCGCGAAGAAAAAUCUUGGGGCUGGGAGAGCACUGUGAAACCCUGAAGUUGUUUUUAUCAGGCUGUGUGGAGGACGUGGUGAGCCCCAUCGUCCUGCGGGUCAACUUCUCCCUGGUGGGGCAGCCCAUCCCCUCCGCCCAGAACCUCCGCCCCGUGCUGGCUGUGGGCUCCCAGGACCUCUUCACUGCUUCUCUCCCCUUUAAGAAGAACUGUGGGCAAGAUCAUCUCUGUGAAGGGGACUUGAAUGUCAACCUCAGCUUCUCGGGCCUACAGGCCCUGGUGGUGGGAAGCUCUCUAGAACUCAACAUGACAGUGGCUGUGUGGAAUGAGGGUGAGGAUUCCUACAGAACUGUGAUCAACUUCUACUACCCAGCAGGGCUGUCCUAUCGACGAGUGUUAGUUACUCAGCAACCCCAUCAGCGCCCACUACACCUGGCAUGUGAGGCAGUGCCCACAGGGAGUGACAGCCUGAGGAGCAGUAGCUGUAGCAUCAACCACCCCAUUUUCCGAGAGGGCAGUAAGGGCACCUUCAUAGUCACAUUUGAUGUUUUCUACAAGGCCACCCUGGGAGACACGUUGCUUCUGAGGGCCAAUGUAAGCAGUGAGAAUAAUAAGCCUACAACCAACAAGACCACCUUCCAGUUGGAGCUCCCAGUGAAAUAUGCCGUCUACACAGUGAUCAGCAGGAAGGAAGAAUCCACCAAGUACUUCAACUUUUCCACUUCUGAUGAAAAGAGCAGGAAAGAAGCUGAGCAUCGAUAUCAUGUGAAUAACCUGAGUCAGCGGGAUCUGGCCAUCAGCGUUCACUUCUGGGUUCCCGUCCUGCUGAACGGCGUGGCUGUGUGGGAUGUGGCUGCGGUGGCCUCCUCACAGAAUCUCCCUUGUGUGUCAGAGAUGGAACCUCCCCAGCAUUCUGACUUCCAGACUCGGAUUCCAAGGAGUCUUGUGCUGGACUGCUCCGUUGCUGCCUGCCGGAGGUUCCGCUGUGACGUCCCCUCCUUCGGCACCCAGGAAGAACUGGACUUCACCCUGAAGGGCAACCUCAGCUUCGGCUGGGUCAGCCAGACUCUGCAGAAGAAGGUAUCGGUGGUGAGUGUGGCGGAAAUCACGUUCGACAGAUCUGUGUAUGCCCAGCUCCCGGGCCAGGAGGCGUCUCUGAGAGCCCAGACGGAGGUGGUGCUGGAGAAGCAGGAGGUCCACAACCCCGUGCCCCUCAUUGUGGGCAGCUCCGUGGGAGGACUGCUGCUGCUGGCUCUCAUCACAGCCAUACUGUACAAGGUGCGUGCUCGCCUCCGGACCCCCAGCACGUGCUCCCACUGUUCACAGCAUAAGACAGCACUCCCCUUGGAGUCGGCCACGUUCUCGCUCAGUCACUGCAUGCGAGAGAGCCUCUUCCACCUCUGACAUCAGCAGUCCCCAGCUGUCCCCCAUGUGUGUGCUCCUAUCUGUUCUCAGGCUUCCUUUAAUCUCUCUCCCUUUCUUUCCCACUCACCUCUGCCUUUCUACAUGUUUCUC